CCUCGUGUUCUCCAGGGGCAAAAGCGCCCAUUCCGUACCGCGCUGACAAUUACUAGCCGUUACUUACAUCAACCAACCAUCCCUCAAGCAGCCAAUGUUCAAAUUCGAAAUCCCGAACCCCCAAAUCCCCCAAAAUCAACGAACGCCUCCUUCCCGACAGCUAAUCGACCAAAGUCACGGCGUGAGGCCCAUGGGAAUGGAAGCGAAAUGCGGUGGCCUGGCCGUCGCUGCCGGCGCCGUCCGGCGGCCACUGCAGCCGCGGGACACCAAUGUGGCGCCCUCCACGGUGGUGGUCGGGAAGGCACCAAAGCCCAAGAUGAAGGCGAAGGUAGGCACGAGGCCGGCGCCGCAGCCGGUGAGGGCCGAGUGCGGGGUGGUGGUGGAGGUGUCGCUCGCGGAGGAGCUCGAGAAGGCGCGGGAGCGGCGGGGCCGGCUGCGGUCGGCGCGGGAGCAGACGGAGCGGGAGAUGGAGGAGCGCGCGGCGGCGCUGGACCGGGAGGCGGCCGAGUGGGAGCGGCGGUCGGAGGAGCAACGAAAGCUCGUCGCGGAGCUCAUGCGCCUCAUCGGGAUGCCAGAUGUUUAUACUCCGGUGGAAUCGUUGAGAUCCAAGGAGGAGAGGAAGCGCAGAGAGGCUGUUGCGCAUUCAGGUUCCAGGGCUUCCACCUCGAUAGCAUCAAUAUUGCAGGCUGGUGUUGGAGCAGAAUCCUGUAGUGAUCAGGAAUCUGAGGCAACAGCGGAGCUGGCGAAAGCAACAGUGAGCAGCUCCUGAUUUUGUUCCAAUGUGCAUCUUCAACUGAAAACAGAGGUGCUUGUGGCUCUGUUUUUUCUAGUAUAAGUCAUGAGUUGUGAAUGAAAUCAAAUGGUUUGUUUGA